AUGAUUGCGUCGGAGAUGGCGGGGAGGAAGAGCAACGACCCACCUCCACCAGCAGAAAAUGAGAGACAAGCCACCCAGCUGGGCACGCUGCUGAAGCAGUUCGUCCGCGUGGCGGCACCCUAUUGGUCGUCGGAGGACAAGGGCCAGGCACGGCUGCGGCUAGCUGCGGUGUUUGUGUUCGCGCUGGGCUGCACUGGCGUCUCCGUGCUUUUCAACUUCUUAUAUCGGGACUUUUACAACGCUAUAGCGAGCAAGGACGAGGAGGCCUUCCUGCGGCAGCUCUUGUGGUUUCUCGGAGCCACUGUGGGGGGUGUGCCGGUGUUUGUGUUCCGGGACUACCUGCGUGACACGCUGGCGCUGAGGUGGCGGGCGUGGAUGACAACGGAUCUGCUCAGCAAGUACUUCCAGCACCGCACCUUCUAUAACAUCCAGUCGCAGUCCUUAAUAGACAACCCAGAUCAGCGAAUCAACGAUGAUGUUGACGACUUCACCACCACGUCGCUCACCUUCUCCCUCGCGCUCGUCAACGCCAUCGUGGAUCUCAUCUCCUUCUCCGGCAUCCUCUACUCCAUCUACCCGCCGCUCUUCGCCGUGCUGCUGGCGUAUUCCCUUGGAGGCACAGCCAUCAGUGUCUAUCUGGGCAGGGAGCUAGUGGGGCUCAACUUCCUGCAGGAGAAGAAGGAGGCGGACUUCCGGUACGGGCUGGUGCGAGCACGGGAGAACGCCGAGAGCAUCGCCUUUUACGGCGGGGAGCGCAGCGAGACGCGCCUGCUGCUGCAGCGCUUCCGCCAGUCCUUUGCCAACUACUCUCGGCUGCUGGUAGUCGGUCGCAACCUGAAUUUCUUCACCAGCAACUACCGCUAUCUCAUCCAGCUGCUGCCAGCAGCCGUGGUGGCGCCACUCUACUUCCGCGGGGAGAUUGAGUUCGGCGUCAUCAACCAGUCCUUCUCUGCCUUCAACCACGUUCUCGGGGACUUUUCCAUCAUCGUCUUUCAGUUCCAAGCGCUCUCACAGUUCUCUGCCACUGUGGAACGGCUGGGCGAGUUUCAGGAGGUGCUGGAUGACCAGAGCAAGCCAGCCGCGUUGCCAGCCUCCUCUGCUGCUUCUCCUGCGGCAACUGCUGGCACCGCGGAAUCACAGUCACCUGCGACGGAUUCUGCAGCACCCGUGGCUGCAGGCGGGAAGUUGGUGGUGAGCAGCAAGGGGGAGAAGCUGGAGGAAAGCACGCAGGCAACAGCAGCUGAGGCAGCGGCGGAGCACCUAGCGUCGCUGUUCAACAGCUUCAUCACCAUUGAAAACGUCAUUCUCCCGGCUUCUUCUCCCUUUCUCCCCCCCGCCCUGCUGCCUGCCUCUGCCUCUUCCUCCUCCUCCUCCGCCUCCCCCCGUGUGCUGCUGGAGGUGGACGCACUCACUCUCUGCACGCCACAGUACGCCUCGUGCCUGCUGUCUGGCCUUUCACUCUCCGUGAAGCAAGGGGAACACCUGUUGGUGAGUGGUGCGAGGGGAUGGGGACACCUGGUGAGUGCAGCGAGGAGAAUACUGCUGGUGAGUGCAGCGAGGGGAGCAGUGUGUGUUGCAGGAGGUGGACGGACUCACUCUCUGCACGCCACAGUACCCCUCGUGCCUUCCCUCCCACCACUCUCUGCGUCAAGCAAGGGGAGUGAUGUGAGGGGAGCAGCUGUUGAUGCUCACUUCCCCCCUUGCGCGAUACCAUCUCUGCAUGCGAUUCCUGCCAUUUGGGAGUUCACCCAGUUCAACUUCAGUUCAACUCUGUCGGCUCGGCACCCCUCAGUUCAACUUCAGUUCAACUCUGUCAGCACCCCUCAGUUCAAUUUCAAGGCUGCCUCCAUUCUACCUAUUGGCAACUUGCAAGAUCCAUCUAUAAUGAGUCCCAGACUGUUGGGGGACCUCUAUGCUUCUCCUCACUCCCCCACUCCCCCAACUCCUGCCCUUCCCCCCCAUCGUGCUCUCUCCUACCCCAGAUCAUGGGUCUCAGCGGCAGUGGCAAGACCUCUCUGCUUCUCCUCAUCCCGCCACCCCAUUUCCUGCCCCGCACCACCCUCCUCUCCCCUCUCCUUCCCCCCCACGCCAGAGCAUGGGUCCCAGCGAAUGAACAAGUGUUUUGAGACGUCUCAAAACGCCGCACCACCCUCCUCUCCCCCCCUGCCCUCCCGCCCAUCCCAGAUCAUGGGUCCCAGCGGCACGGCAGUGGCAAGACCUCUCUGCUUCGAGCCGUUGCCGGGCUCUGGCGAUCGGGCAGCGGAACGUGCCCAUUCAAAGAAUGACUAUAACGAGAAUGAUGGAGAAGGGAGUGGGAGUGGAGCAAGGGGCAAGACAGAGGAGGCAGAGGGGCAAAAGAGUGAGGGGGAAGUGAGUGUGAGCGUGAGUGUGGAGGGCGCGAGCGUGGUGAAAGCAGAGGGUGCAGUGGCUGACGUGGAGGAUGGGGUGAUGGACGCAGGAGGGGCGGUGUUCUUUGUCCCGCAGCGGCCGUACAUGGUGCUGGGGUCGCUCAGGCAGCAGCUGUUGUACCCCACGUGGAGUGAGCUGGAGGAGGGGGAAGGGACAGGGCGGGCGGAUGAUGGGAGGGUAGUAGUGGCGCAGAGGGAGGGGGGCGAGGGGAGCGAGGGGAAGGAGGAGAGGGAGGGGAGUAUGGAGGGGUGGUGGACGGUGGGUGGGUUGAUGCAGCGGUUGGGGAUCAAGAAGGACGCAGACAAUGGAGGGACAGGUGAGAGGCAAGGAACAUGCCUGGAUUCCCUCCCACCUCCAUUUCCACUCUCGCCUCAUCACCCCACAACAUGGCGCACCGCUGGAAGUCUGAAACGUCUCACCUCUGCCUUUCUGCUUCCCUUCCAUCUGUUUCCUGCCCCUCUGUCUCCCUCCCUCUCUCAUCUCCCACCAGCCGGAUUCCCCCCCACCUCCAUUUCCACUCUCGCCUCAUCACCCCACAACAUGGCGCACCGCCCUCAGCCGUCGGAUGAGGAGCUCCUGGCAGUGCUGGACGGCGUGAGAUUGCGCCACGUGGCGGAGCGCCAGGGGGGCCUAGACGCGCAGGUGGAGUGGGCGAGUGUGCUGUCGCUGGGCGAGCAGCAGCGCCUCGCCUUCGCCCGCCUGCUGCUCUCCAGACCGGAACUUGCUCUCAUGGACGAAUCCACGAGUGCCCUGGAUGAAGAAAACGAGGCGCAUGUGUACGGGCUGGUGGAAGCAGCAGGCGUGACGUUCAUCAGCAUCGGCCACCGCAGCUCCCUCCAUCUCUCAUGCGCAUGUGUACGGGCUGGUGGAAGCAGCAGGAGUGACGUUCAUCAGCAUCGGCCACCGCAGCUUCCUCCAUCUCUCAUGUGUGUGUAUGGUGGUUUUCAUUCUCAUACCGUCCCCAUCUCUUUCUCUCCCCUCCCACAGGCGCAUGUGUACGGGCUGGUGGAAGCAGCAGGCGUGACGUUCAUCAGCAUCGGCCACCGCAGCUCCCUGCGCCGCUUCCACUCGCUCCUCCUCACCCUCACACCUGCCGGGAGGGCCGACGCCGCCACUGCUAACGUCACUGAUGACAUCACGGACAGGAGUGAUGGUAUCAGCAGUGGGGGAGAGGGUGUGGAAGGGAAGCGGGUGGUGGCACGUGGAACAGGCAGCAUGUGGACACUGGAGAGAAUAGCAGACUAG